AUGGAUGUGAUUGUGAAAUGGCCUGUGCCAAAGAACAUGCAUGAAGUUCAGCAGUUCUUAGACCUUGUCACAUUUUAUCAGCAGUUCAUUAAGAACUUUGUGAGGAUCACCACACCUCUAUCAAAUCUUUUGAAGAAGUUGAAUGAGAAACUGAGAAAGAAGAAGUUUUGCCUGAUUGUCUGA